UAGCUCAAGGGUGGGGAUUUUAACCUGCGCUCCGUCGGAAACCUUUACGCAACGGCCGAUUGACAACACCGAGAGCCAUGGAGGUUUAGCGCGGAGGCGUCCGAGUCGGGUCGUUGCGGGGUGUGAACACGUAUGAGGCCACUGUCCUGCAGAUGAACCAUUGGUGGGGGUUGUCACGUCGCUGUCGCAGAUUCCGAUAGUUCCCGGCGACAGCGGCAUUGACCCCCCCCCCCCAUUAUGCCCAGCACCAGUCGGGCGGGGAGCCUGAAGGACCCCGAAAUUGCUGAGCUCUUCUUUAAGGAGGACCCUGAGAAGCUCUUCUCAGAUCUGCGUGAGAUUGGACAUGGCAGUUUCGGUGCUGUCUAUUUUGCACGGGAUGUGCGAACAAAUGAGGUGGUGGCCAUCAAGAAGAUGUCUUAUAGUGGAAAGCAGUCCAAUGAGAAAUGGCAAGACAUAAUUAAGGAGGUGAAAUUCCUGCAGAGGAUACAGCACCCAAAUAGCAUCGAGUACAAAGGAUGUUUUCUGCGAGAGCACACGGCCUGGUUGGUAAUGGAGUACUGCUUAGGCUCCGCCUCCGACCUGUUGGAAGUUCACAAGAAACCUCUACAAGAAGUGGAAAUUGCAGCGAUUACCCAUGGUGCUCUUCAAGGGUUGGCUUAUCUUCACUCCCACAACAUGAUUCACCGAGAUAUCAAGGCCGGAAACAUCUUGUUGACAGAGCCAGGGCAGGUGAAACUCGCAGACUUUGGUUCAGCCUCCAUUGCCUCACCAGCCAACUCCUUUGUGGGAACACCAUAUUGGAUGGCCCCGGAAGUGAUCUUGGCAAUGGAUGAGGGUCAGUACGAUGGAAAGGUGGACAUUUGGUCUCUGGGAAUAACCUGCGUUGAAUUAGCUGAGAGGAAGCCUCCACUGUUUAACAUGAAUGCAAUGAGUGCCUUAUACCAUAUAGCACAGAAUGAGAGCCCAACACUACUGUCUAGUGAAUGGACGGAUUAUUUCCGAAACUUUGUAGACUCUUGCCUUCAGAAAUUUCCCCAAGACAGACCCAACUCUGAGGAGCUGUUAAAGCAUGCAUUUGUACAGCGUGAGCGACCAGAAUCUGUUCUUUUGGACCUGAUAUUGCGGACUAAGGAUGCAGUGCGAGAGUUGGACAACCUGCAGUAUCGCAAAAUGAAAAAGCUCCUGUUCCAGGAGACCCCCAAUGGUCCCACAGCCGAGGCACAAGAUGAGGAGGAGGAGCCAGAGCACAGUGUCGGCAGGACAGGCACAGUGAACAGCGUAGGGAGCAACCAGUCCAUCCCCAGUAUGUCCAUCAGUGCCAGUUCUCAGAGCAGCUCUGUCAACAGUCUAACAGACGCUGGUGACGACAAGAGUGAGCUCGACAUGGAGGGAGACCAUACAGUCAUGUCCAACAGCUCUGUCAUACAUCGCAAACUGGAGGAGGAGACGUACCAAGAAGACUCUGAAACUCACACACGACCCACUGAGGCACAGUCUCCCCCUGCUCACACUCCUCGACCAAAACGCAACCGUGAACACUUUGCAACCAUUCGCACAGCUUCUUUGGUCACCCGCCAGAUGAAGGAGCAUGAGCAGGAUUCUGAGCUACGGGAGCAGAUGUCUGGCUACAAGCGAAUGCGAAGACAGCACCAGAAACAGCUAAUGGCUUUGGAAAACAAACUAAAGGCAGAGAUGGAUGAGCACAGACUGCGCCUGGACAAGGAGCUGGAGAACCAAAGGAAUAGCUUUGCUCAGGAGAUGGAUAAACUCAUCAAGAAGCAUCAGGCAUCUAUGGAGAAAGACGCAAAAACUUUUACCAAUGAUGAAAAGAAGUUCCAACAGCACAUUCAGAGCCAACAAAAGAAAGAACUCAACAGCUUCCUAGAAUCCCAGAAGCGAGAAUACAAACUUCGCAAGGAACAGCUUAAAGAGGAAUUGAAUGAAAACCAAUCGACACCUAAGAAAGAGAAGCAAGAAUGGCUGUCGAAACAGAAGGAGAACUUCCAGCACUUCCAGGCAGAGGAGGAGGCCAACCUGCUGCGCAGACAGAGACAGUAUCUAGACCUGGAGUGCCGUAGAUUCAAGAGACGGAUCCUGAUUGCUCGUCACAAUGUGGAACAAGACUUAGUGCGCGAGGAGCUGAACAAGCGUCAGACCCAGAAGGACCUGGAACAUGCCAUGCUCCUGCGGCACCAUGAGUCCAUGCAGGAGCUGGAGUUCCGUCAGCUUAACACCAUUCAGAAGAUGAGGGCUGAGCUGACUCGGUUGCAGCAUCAAACAGAGCUGACGAACCAGCAGGAGUACAACAAGAGGAGGGAGCGGGAACUCCGACGUAAACAUAUCAUGGAGGUGCGCCAGCAGCCCAAGAGCCUCAAGUCCAAAGAGCUACAGAUCAAGAAGCAGUUCCAGGACACCUGCAAGAUCCAGACCCGGCAGUACAAGGCCCUGAGGAACCAUCUGCUGGAAAGCACACCAAAGUCGGACCACAAGGCUGUGCUUAAGCGCCUGAAGCAGGAGCAGCACCGUAAACUGGCCAUCCUGGCAGAGCAGUAUGACCACUCCAUCAACGAGAUGCUCUCCACCCAGGCGCUGCGCCUUGACGAGGCUCAGGAGGCCCAGUGCCAGGUGCUACGCAUGCAGCUAUACCAGGAACUGGAACUGCUAAAUGCCUACCAGAGCAAGAUCAAGAUGCAGACUGAUGCCCAGCAUGACCGUGAGAGGAAGGAUCUGGAGCAGAGGGUCUCACUUAGGAGGGCCCUACUGGAACAGAAGAUUGAGGAGGAGAUGCUGUCCUUGCAGAAUGAACGCUUGGAGCGAAUCCGGAGCCUGCUGGAACGUCAAGCCCGCGAGAUUGAGGCUUUUGACUCAGAAAGCAUGCGCUUGGGCUUCAGCAACAUGGUGCUGUCAAACCUCUCCCCCGAGGCCCUCAGCAAUAGCUUUCCAGGAGCGUCAGGCAGUUGGAGCCACCAACAGCACCAAUCCGGGGGUUCUUAUGGGCCACACUGGGGCAGUGGUGGUUCCGGAUCAGGCCACCAGGGCAGCCAUCACCAAUACCACUACCACUCCAGUCCAGGAGGGGUGCCUAUGCAGCAGGGCUGGGGCCAAGGUAUGCAGGGAGGUGGGGUGCCCCAGCCGUGGGGUCAUCCGUCAGGGGGAUCGCUGGUCUCCCGGAGCAGCGCAGGUGUGCAGAACAGCCCCCAAGCAAUGAGGAGGACAGCCUCGGGAGGGCGCAGUGAGCAGGGCAUGAGCAGGAGCACCAGUGUCACCUCUCAGAUAUCUAACGGGUCGCACCUUUCCUACACAUAGAUACCCCACAAGCCCUGGAUUCAGAGUCUGAGCAUGUGUAUGUGUAUGUAGAGUCCAGUGAACCGCAAAGUGGGACAGAAUAUCGGCUGAGCUCUACAACUCUAUCGCUCUCUGUCUCCCCCCAGCCCCCUGCCCCCCCUCCCCUUCCUCCCCAUGUACAGAUGUGGAUGUGUGAUGAAAUAAAUGUUGCUCAGGUCAAAAGGGCUUAAAGAGGCACGGCCCCUCCACAGCAGUUUAUCAGCACACAUACAGAUCCUUUAGUUUGUUCUCACACAAACGGUUUUGAGUGUCAACACAUAAUAGUCCCACUUUUUUUUUCAUUUACAGGUCUCUCCAAUUGAAAUUGUUUUAACUGUCUAUUUUGUGCUAUUUACAGCCAUUGCUUUCAUUUUGCACAUGAAAACACUGUUAAAAAGCCUUUGACAUGUGUUGACUAUGUCCGUACAUAUGUAGUGUCAACAGUCACAGUGAUUUGUUUAGGGACCCCCGAUUCAAAUUAGUUGUUGCAUGCUUUGCUUUUCUGAUGCCAGCCUGCUGUAAUGGUCACUGUGUUAACAUUUUCUUUUUAAAAUAGUCUUAUUUUUUUCUCUUUUUUUUUUAGUGUGUGGAAAAAAAUUGACUAAAUUCCCUGGUCAUUGGCCAAAGUGAAAAAUCCAAAAGUCCAGAGCCAAAUAAACCAAUCUUUAACUCUUUCAGCCUUAUUAGUUCUGUUAAAACUCUUCUGCGACGAACGAAUUUAGUUUCCGCCAGCUGUUUAUAGUCGAGCGUCGACGUCGACGUUGUGUAAUUUUAACAUAAAUGCCAAUGUGUCUUUAGCUAGGGUUUUUUUUUAAUUAUUAUUAUCAUUACUUUUACAUUUUUAUAUACUGGCAUUUUUAGUUGACAGGAAAAGGCCUCGAGAGUCUGUUCUUCGGUUGAGGCUACACUCGGUGUGCAGUAAGGUUAGUGUUCUCAGAACACUACGAGGGGAUUUGAGGAGUAACGACUCGCCCGUCAGGCGGAGUUAUGCGUAGGUCUGACGGGCGGGUUCUGAGUGACGGCCGUGUAGAGCAGCCCGACUCCGGCGUUGGCACAUUUGAUGUGACUUUGGGAACAACUGCUUCGAGGAGAACGCUAGUACGUUCUUCAGGAUGAUGAUGAUGAUGAUGAUGAUGAUAAGUUUAGACUGCUUUGCCUUUAAAAAGGACCCUGGAGCUGAUUGUUGAUUUUUUUAUUAGUGCCUUUUAAAACUGCUGCCUUUUCAAAGCACUUUACACAACUUUAGUAGAAUGUUAAACGAUUCUUUGAGUUUUUAUUAGCGAGGAGCCCACAGGAGGAGUUGGUUGUUGGCGUGUAGAGGAGCAGAUGAGCAAAUGGUCAAGUUUAACCUGCUUUUAUUUUUUCUUUUUUUUUUAAGAAUGAUUUCCCAAAUGUAGAAAAGGUGUGGGACAAGCUGUAUGCAUCUUAACGGCAAAUAAAAAAAAAAAUUGGGUUUGUCCUGCUUCUCGCACCUAGCUGGAAGCAUGGUGGAACCAUGGAAGCAUGGUGGAACCACGGAACCACCUGGAAGCAUGGUGGAUCCAUGGAACCACCUGGAAGCAUGGUGGAUCCAUGGAACCACCUGGAAGCAUGGUGGAUCCACGGAACCACCUGGAAGCAUGGUGGAUCCAUGGAACCACCUGGAAGCAUGGUGGAUCCAUGGAACCACCUGGAAGCAUGGUGGAUCCAUGGAACCACCUGGAAGCAUGGUGGAACCACGGAACAACCUGGAAGCACGGAGACAUGGCUGUACUCGGCAUGUUUGGUGUCUUCUGUGUCUUUAUGCAUGAUUGUGACCCCUUCGAUCACAGGAUGUGAAGAUACGGCAGACAUUUUAAGAUGGGUGUGUUAUUCUGUCUGGACCACGAGUUUGAUUUUUUUUUAAUAAUCCAUAACCCCAAAAACAUUGACCAAGUUGAGGAGGUACCACGGCGUACAGGUUCUGCUUGUGUAAGGUAGCGUUCUUGACCAUGACAGCAGGCUCGGCAAUAGAUGCGACCCACGAGAAGUGAAAACUACAUUUUUUUAAAACGUCAAAGCCCGGCUUACCCGACACCGAGAACCCAGAAUGUGCUACGUGAUGAUUGUUAAAGCGUUUCUCCGCCGCCCGAGAAGGAAAGCGAGCGAGUCGAGCCACACGGCUUUGUAGCGUGCAGGUAUAGCAUGGACUCGAGCUCUCUGUAAGAACAUCGAGAUGUUUAUUUUAUUUUUUAAAUGGGUACAUGUGGCAAAAGCACUUACGCAGUUGAUUUUUGAUCCCUUGUUUCGCCUAUUACAAGACCAGGAAAAUACCCUGUGGCAUUUCUUCUUUUCUUUUUCUUUUUUUUUUAUUGUUCUUUUUGUUUUGUGGGUGACAAAUGUCACUGGGGUUACCCGGUGUUCCCUCGACCUUGCUAGCCCGUAGACUCCUUAAACACGAGUGCUUAUAGUCACCACGUAGAGGAUACGAAACACUCAAGACGCUAAAUAGGCCUUUAACAGGAAUGAUGUAGAGAGUAGGACGUUUCCAUGAAUCACUAAGCUGGAGUUACAUGUUCAUAUUGUGUUUUGUUUUUUUUGGAGAUUAAUUAAACAUUAAAAAACUAAAACUUGCAUUACAGGAAAAGAAUUUCUAAAACUAACGUUAUUUAACUGACAGACUACACUGAUAUAAUUUUUUUUUUUUUUUUUUGGGCUCUGAAAAACACGAAAGGGUGUUUUGUCGAGUUGUCUGAAAAUAGCUUAACGGAAGAUAUUUUAGCUUGUGUACACUGACUCAUAAUGCUUCAUAUGCAUGUCUUUGCUGUCAUUUUUCUGAAAAUGCCUCUCGCCGAGUCAGUGGGGCCUCCGGAAAGUCGUCGCCGCAGUUUGUGCUCCUCCGCUUGGUUUGGCUGUUUUUCUCUUAUUACUCUCAUCCUAAGCCACCUGACUUAUAACCAGUCAGUGGAUCACCGCUCUUGUUUCUCAAUGUCAUGCUGCGACAAAUUGUCAUCAAAUUUAAAGGCACAAAAAUGCUGGGAAUAGUUUUUUUUUUUACUACCAAGAGGUGGGGUUUUCUUUUCUAGUUGUAUAUUUCCCAGCCCUCUCUGGAAAGCAUGCAUUGUGUACAUGUUCCUCAGUACAGGUUUUGUUCCAAAAACUCUCCGCUUCAUUUUUGUGGUGUCAUCACCAAGUGACUUGCUGCAGCUACUGUGACACAGCAGACUAUACUCAUCGUCUCCUCCGAUUACUCCGUAAGGAAACUGGGAAUGUAUUCCGAAUGAUUGGGAUCUACAUCUUGCAUCUAAAGCCAAGGCCAAUGGUUUGAAUGUCAGACCAGUCGAACCUCACUCGUACAACGCCAACGUUACGUUUUAUGCACAUUUUUUCUUUUAGGCUCGGAUGUUUUGUCGAGGUCCUUUUGUCAGGCAGUCGGAUGUUAUUUGUAAUUAUCGCGCAUAAACCUCCCCCACCAACCUGAACUUUUUCGUUUAUGACUUUAAACAUUGAUGUCAACUUUUUGUCCUACUGACUGAAAGCGUGUGGGAUACUGAAUGAGAAAUGGCAACCGAAGAUGGCGAUUCUUCCUCUGGUCAAACACUGUGCCAUACCGGAGUUAUGGAGCCCACACACCGCAGCGUUGGUUCAUGUCCGUGGUUAAUAAAGCUUCGCCAGGCUGCCGGCGUGGCCUGUAUGAAGCGUGUACCCCAGUUGGCUCUGCUCAAGUGGCUGAGAAGAUGCGGUGGUGGUGGUGGUGGGCGAAGAGAUUGCAUUUCUCUGAAGAUGUCAGUAUUCUUCCAUGGCACAGCAUUACCACUACAACUCAUAUAACCUGUAUUAAAAUGUAUAGAUGGUGAAACAUGUUAUUGAAUGUUUUGAGAGAUUAUGAAGAUGCUACAUAAAUGAUAAACUACAAAAGGUGGAUUUAAAUCAUGUAAAAAGAUUCAUAAAAUGAGAAUAAAAAAAAAAACUAGGAACAAAUGUGCUAUUUUGUUUGUAUUAUAAUUACCAUUGUGUUGGCAGAGGGAUAUUGAAAAGAAAUCAGCUGUAAUAAAGUAAUUUUAGUAUAA